GAACAGCCCAGGACGACACUGGGUCUGUGACUCGUCCAGGAGCGGCAGACAGGCGUGAUGACAGGACAACGAGCCGCCGCUGAGCGAGUUACAAACUUGCUAACCUGCUAACACAGGUCAUUAAUGGCUAACUGUGACAAACAAGUGAGUAACCUAGCAUGAGUUUGAUGAAGGUAGAGCCAGUGCAGGGAUCUUUUGGGAGUUUAGGCUAACUAUUCAGUGGCUAGCUAAUGUAAAAUCCGUUAAAGCAAUCGCGUCAGCGUUGCUAGCUAAUGCUAAACCUGUUUAAAGUUGUCUGACAGCUGUGUCGUGACGUUCGGCAACAUUUACUGAGAAAAUAGUUGUAAAAGUCAAGUCAAGAAAUCAUGACGUCGAUGCUAUUUGAUCCGACAACAUAUGCGGAGGAGCACUUUUGACUUAGGGCUGUCAACAAGCUCGCUGGCGUUAGCUAUCCUGGCUAGCCAGCAGCUAGCACUCCUGCUACCAUGGCCAAAAUAGAAAACGGCCGACAGUCGGUGGACACUACGAGCAUCCGGACCAUCAGCAGCAGCCACAUAGACGACGAGAGCUCGCUGGGAUCCGACUCGGAGAUCAACGGCUUCACCAGCGACAGGCAGACCGAUAAAUAUGGAUUCAUUGGCGGGGCGCAGCAGCACUCACAGGCGUCAGCUCAGGAUGUGCCUCCAGAGGUGCUCAGGCAAAGGGAGGUGAAGUGGCUGGACAUGCUCAACCAUUGGGACAAGUGGAUGAUCAAGAGAUUUGACAAGGUGAGGCUGCGGUGCCAGAAAGGAAUCCCUCCUUCCCUCCGAGGCCGUGCAUGGCUCUACCUGUCUGGGGGGAAGGUGAAGAAAGAGCAGAACCAAGGGAAGUUUCAGGAGCUGGAUAGCCAGCCAGGGGAUCCCAAAUGGAUUGAUGUGAUUGAGAAAGAUCUCCAUCGACAGUUUCCUUUUCAUGAGAUGUUUGUGUCACGGGGAGGACACGGACAGCAGGAUCUGUUUCGUGUUCUUAAGGCCUACACUCUCUACAGGCCAGAGGAGGGAUACUGCCAGGCUCAGGCUCCCAUAGCCGCUGUGUUGCUCAUGCACAUGCCUGCUGAGGAUGCCUUCUGGGGGCUGGUCCAAAUUUGUGAGAAGUAUCUUCCUGGCUACUACAGCCCUGGCCUGGAAGCUAUACAGUUAGAUGGAGAGAUCCUGUUCGCUUUGCUGCGACGUGUCUCCCCACUGGCCUUCCGCCAUCUGGAAAAACACAAGAUUGACCCCAUCCUCUACAUGACUGAGUGGUUUAUGUGUGCCUUCUCCAGAACGCUGCCUUGGGCUUCUGUGCUGCGUGUCUGGGACAUGUUCCUCUGUGAUGGAGUGAAGAUAAUCUUCCGUGUGGGUUUGGUGCUGCUUAAGUGCAUGCUGGGGACCCGGGAGAAGCUGAAGGCCUGUCAGGGCCAGUAUGAGACCAUGGAGCUUCUCAGGGCCAUCGAGCCUCGAUACAUGCAGGAGGGUUACCUGGUCCGAGAGAUUCUGGAGGUGCCAGUGACCGCACGAGACGUGGAAAGAGAGCAUCACACCCAGCUGAAGCGCUGGAGGAAGAACCGCGGAGAGCUUAACUUCAAACCGCCUCCCAGGAUGCAUGGCGCACGGCUCGUCAUGUUGGCAGAGCCGCCCAGGCGCCAGGACCUGCAGCAGAACCCCACCAUUGUACUGGAAGUGCCUCAGCCCACCCCGCAGCUGAAGAAAGGCAAGGAAGAGAAGAAGAGCAAGAAGAAGAGGAGCAUGAAGAAAUCCCCACCCAUUAUGGAGAUCCCCAACCCUUACCCUCUUUCAACCGACCCUGCGCCUCCACCUCCACCCACCGAGCCACCUGCCCCACCUCCGGGGGUGGAGACAGCCGAGGCUGUGCCACAAACUGAAACAAACUCAACUCACCAGCAGCAAGCGUCUCCUACAGACCUCCCUCCUGCCAAAGAAUCUCUUCUUCAGCGAUCCACACAAAGCCUUAGUAGCACAGACCAGGACACAUACCUGUAGCUCCAUGUCUGUCAUAGUGUGUGUGUGUGAAUGAAACACCAGCACUCAUCAGCCAACAACCAGCUGGCUUUGUCAGGGUCUCUGACUACCCAGCAUCACUAUCACAAUUUUUCUAGUGUUAGACUGUUUUUUAUUCAUUCUUUCAUUGCAGAAACCGUUAUGCCUUUGAUAUUAUUGCUGUUACAUAAACAGAGUUGCUAAAUGUAAAACUGCUUUGAUGCCAUUUCUCCACAUGAAGCUGUUGUUAUCUCCUGUUAAUUUUCUUCAGAUCUAAAUGUCCUGUUUACAAGGGAGACAUGUUACUGUGUUUUUGGGAGCAAAGUCAUUUCCUCAGAAAGGUGUGGUUUCAUUUCAAAUUCAAAUUAACACAAUAAUUAAUUUCAACUUCAGUAGUCAUAGACUGUGUAUAAAUUUGGACGUGAAAUCUCCACUUCCUUUUGUAACUGUCUAACUACUUUAGCCAUUGUAUUUCAUGAGGGCCUUUGUACACUAGAGGGCAGUGUUGAAAAGGUUUCUUCUUACCUGUCAGUAGAACUCAUCACAGCAGGGAUGGGCUUCCUUUUAGGAUUCACUCAGUUUGGGAGAUAUGAGAUUGAUGUUGAAUUUUUUUCUUUUCCAUUAGGGAAAGAAUUUCCCAACUUACAUUUCAUGUUUUAUAUAUUUUCAAUUUUCAGCUGAAAAUGAUCAUCUUCAAUUCAUGACUUCUCCCUACAUUGAGUUCGUGCAAGUCUUCUUUUACAAAGCACAAUUAUUUAAAGAACAGUGUAAACAUUAAGUUGUGCUCUCAUGUUUUUCAGUCUGUUAAAUAGACACAGUUAAUCUCUGUAUAUCAGUGUGCCAGGCACAUCUAGCCACUUUAAAUCUACAGUAAUUCAUGUUGCCUGGGCAGCACAGAGGAGAACACAUUCCUCAUAGUGUCACACGUCUGCCUUGUUAAAAGCCAAUCGUCUAAAAACUUGCCAAAUUUAAAUCUGUGUAGUGUAUGUGUCUGUGUGUUUCCUGUCACAGCCGGGGCAGUGUUGGUGCAGAUUUGUUCUGACCAUUCAGUUGACAUAGCUCAACUAUCCAUUUUUGGGCCAAGCAGAUCUUCAUGUUUAUUGGGUUUAUUUCUUUUUUUAAUAUAUUAUUGCUAGAAUUUCCAAAGCAAAUGAAGAUCUCCGACCGCUUCUUGUGACCAGACUUAUUCCAUUAGCACAGACGAGAGAUCAUUUGGAGAUUUCAAGAUUUACUGGGGUCUUUGUAGCAUUUCUUGCAUGACAGCCUGACUAAUUUCUUUGGGAAAUGGGGAGAAACGCAGGGGUUGUUAGGCUCUUUUGUUUUGUUACUUUCAUCACAAUGAGAAAUGAGAAAGGGAGAUCUGAGAAGCACAAGUACAUAUGUGGGAUGUGUCUGUGUGUAUACUUAAUAAAUAAAAUUCUACUUUAAAAAAUGCAUGUAUAGGUCAGUUAUAAACAAACCAAUGUGGUUUAAAAGAAUAACACAUGUUCAAGCAGUCACUUGUCUAUAUGCAAUAGUUUUUAGUUGCUUGUAUUUCUCACUUUACAUAUGUUCUAUUUUAAUUUAAUGCUUUUCUGUAGAUAUGACAUGUAAAAUAAUUUGUUUUGUAAUGAAAUCUAUUUUUCAACAUUUGAUGCCAUAUUUUAAGAGAAACUCUAAAUCAAUUGCAGUCUCAGACAAUAUAUUUUACAUCUUUAUUUGUAACACUAGAGGGGAAAAUGUUUGUUCAUUUGAAAUAAAGGGGGGACUCCUGCCUCUGAAAAGACCUUUCCAGAAUUUUAUCCUUGACAUUGGGGUGAUAAAAGACGUUUGACAACCAUGAUGCAGUCCGCAUCAUCGUGAGUUUAACUUUUACAAAUAAAGUUUUAUUUAAAGCAAA